GUCUCACGCGGAAUGGAAGCUCGCUGGUGAUGUAUCCGGUCCAUCUCCACUGCUCUUCCUUUCGCGCCGGUACACGACGAACCGAGCGUCCAUGUGCGCAGCGCCCGGGACUUCAUAGAUCACCGAGCCUUCCGAAUCCGAGCCAGACCGCCACCUUGUGAUGGAUCUCAACUCUUUGAUCGAGGCCCUUCGGGGCACCAUGGACGCAAAUUUGCGUGAGGCCGCAGAGAGACAGCUGAACGAGGGCCAUACCCAGGUGAACUUUUUGUCUACACUACUGCAGGUGACCAUGACUGAUCAGUUGGAUUUGCCCGUACGGCAAGCAGGUGUGAUCUACCUGAAGAACAUGGUGACACAGCACUGGAGUGAAGGAGAUAAUGCAAACACCGAAGGGCCUACCAGUAACAUCCCAGAAGAGGACAGGCAGUUCAUCCGAGACCACAUAGUGGAGGCCAUCAUCCAGUCCCCAGAGCGCCUCAGAGUGCAACUCACAACUUGCAUUCACCACAUGAUCAAGCAUGACUACCCCGCUAGAUGGACGGCUGUUGUGGACAAGAUCGGCUUUUACCUGCAGUCUGAUAACAGUGGCUGCUGGCUGGGCAUCCUGCUGUGCCUCUACCAGCUGGUCAAGAAUUACGAGUAUAAGAAGCCUGAGGAGCGCCAGCCAUUGGUCGCUGCAAUGCAGAUCUUUAUGCCUAUGUUGAAGGACAGAUUCAUACAGCUUCUGCCGGACCCCUCCAGCGAGUCUGUCCUUGUGCAGAAACAGAUCUUCAAGAUCCUUUACGCUCUCUUCCAGUACAACCUUCCUCUGGAACUGAUCAAUCGGCAGAUUCUUACAGAGUGGAUGGAGAUCCUGAAGACUGUGGUGGACAGAGAUGUUCCUCCGGAGACGCUUCAGGUGGAUGAAGACGAGAGGCCGGAGCUGCCCUGGUGGAAAUGCAAGAAGUGGGCGCUUCACAUCCUCGCCCGGCUCUUCGAAAGGUAUGGCAGCCCUGGCAACACAACCAAAGAGUACACAGAGUUUGCAGAACUUUUCCUCAAGGGUUAUGCCGUGGCUGCACAGCAGGUACUGUUGAAGGUGUUGUAUCAGUAUAAGGAAAAGCAAUACGUGGCUCCCAGAGUCUUACAGCAGACACUGAAUUACAUCAACCAAGGAAUCGCACACGCUGUUACCUGGAAGAACCUAAAGCCACACAUCCAAGGAAUCAUUCAGGACGUGGUGUUCCCCCUCAUGUGCUACACAGACAGCGAUGAAGAGCUCUGGCAGGAAGACCCUUACGAGUACAUCCGCAUGAAAUUUGAUGUUUUUGAAGACUUCAUCUCCCCCUCCACUGCAGCUCAGACGCUUCUCUUCACCGCUUGCAACAAAAGAAAGGAGGUGCUGCAGAAGUCAAUGGGCUUCUGCUAUCAGAUCCUAACAGACCCAGCCUGUGACCCCAGGAAAAAAGAUGGUGCUCUUCAUAUGAUCGGCUCGCUGGCUGAGAUUCUUCUCAAGAGGAAGAUCUACAAAGACCAGAUGGAGUUCAUGUUGCAGAAUCAUGUCUUCCCUCUGUUCCGCAGUGAGCUGGGUUACAUGAGAGCCCGGGCCUGCUGGGUUCUUCAUUACUUCUGCGAGGUCAAGUUCAAGAUUGACCAGAACUUGCAGACAGCCCUCGAGCUCACCCGCCUGUGUCUGAUCAACGACAACGAGAUGCCUGUUAAAGUAGAGGCUGCCAUCGCCCUCCAGGUCCUCAUCAGCAAUCAGGAGAAAGCCAAAGAUUACAUCACCCCCCACAUCCGGCCCGUGAUGCAGGCCCUCCUCCAAAUUGUGCGAGAGACUGAGAAUGAUGAUCUUACCAACGUCAUUCAGAAGAUGAUCUGCGAGUACAGUGAGGAGGUCACACCAAUCGCUGUAGAGAUGACCCAGCAUUUGGCCAUGACCUUCAACCAGGUGAUCCAGACAGGGCCUGAUGAGGAAGGAGGUGAUGAUAAAGCAGUGACUGCCAUGGGCAUCCUUAACACCAUUGACACACUGCUGAGUGUAGUGGAGGACCAUAAAGAGAUUACCCAGCAGUUAGAGGGCAUCUGCCUGCAGGUGAUCGGCACAGUCCUCCAACAGCAUGUCCUGGAGUUCUACGAGGAGAUCCUGUCCCUGGCCCACAGUCUGACGUGUCAACAGGUGUCCCCUCAGAUGUGGCAGCUGCUCCCCCUGGUCUAUGAGGUCUUCCAACAAGACGGAUUUGACUAUUUCACAGAUAUGAUGCCACUUCUCCAUAACUACAUCACAGUUGACACAGACACACUCCUGUCUGACACCAAAUACCUUGAAAUAAUCUACAAUAUGUGCAAAAAGAUUUUGUCAGAAGACCCAGGGGAGGACCCAGAAUGCCAUGCGGCCAAGCUGUUGGAGGUCAUCAUUCUACAGUGCAAAGGUCGUGGUAUUGACCAGGUGGUACCCUUGUUUGUAACGACCACUUUGGAGCGUUUGACACGUGAAGUGAAGACCAGCGAGUUGAGGACCAUGUGUCUGCAGGUGGCCAUCGCUGCUCUCUAUUACAGUCCUCCCCUGCUCCUCAACACACUGGAGAAUCUGCGCUUCCCUAACAACACUGAGCCAAUCACAAACCACUUCAUCUCCCAAUGGCUCAAAGACAUCGACUGCUUCCUUGGGCUCCACGAUCGAAAGAUGUGCGUGUUGGGACUGUGCGCUCUAAUGGAUCUUGAUCAGAGGCCACAGGCUGUCAAUCAGGUCGCAGGUCAGCUCCUGCCCGCAGCCAUUCUCCUGUUCAAUGGCCUGAAGAGGGCCUACGCCUGCAGGGCUGAACAUGAGAAUGACGACGAUGAUGAUGAUGCAGAGGAUGGAGAGGAGGAAGAGGAGAAUGUCGAGUUAGGCAGUGAUGAAGACGACAUAGAUGAUGAAGGCCAGGAAUACCUUGAAAUGCUCGCUAAACAAGCAGGAGAGGACGGUGACGAUGAAGACUGGGAGGAAGAUGACGCAGAGGAGACCGCUCUUGAGAGUUAUACGACCUCAGUUGAUGACGAGGACAACCUUGUUGAUGAAUACCAGAUCUUCAAAGUCAUAAUCCAGAAUGUCCAGGCCCGUGACCCAGCAUGGUACCAAGCACUCACACAGUGUCUCGAUGAGGAACAAAGAAAACAACUUCAGGAUAUUGCAACACUCGCAGAUCAGCGACAAGCAGCACAUGAAUCGAAGAUGAUUGAGAAGCACGGAGGAUACAAGUUUGCAGAUCCUGUGGUGCCAUCCAAUUUCAACUUUGGUGGCAGCGCCCCUGGGAUGAAUUGAGUCCUCUCUUUCCCUUCCCUUUUCUAACUGUGACUGAAUGUAGUGAAAUGAAAACACUUGUGUUGCUUCCUGAAGUAGUGGUUCCAGAACUGGUUCUUCUCUCUCACUCUUCAAUCUGACUAUCCAAUUUAAACAGCACCAGAAGAUGUGGGAAGGCAACCAAACGCAACUGAUGCCUGGGAAAACAAACCAAGAACUUGAACGCUAAGCAAGUGGGGGAAAAAAAAGAAAAAAUAAAGCUCUGAACAAUGUUGUCUUACGGAAUCCAAAAAUUCAAGGGAUACUGUAACAGCAGCUCGCACACACGCAUACUACGGGGGCUAAUGAAUUGAAAUUGAGACAUAAUGUUAAAAUUGUCACUGUAUGGGCCAAAGGGCCUUUUCAAGAUUAUACCUCUGGCAGUGGUGUCAACGUUUUUCUUCAUCACAAAAAACAAAUCUCAUAUUGUACAUAAGCCAAGGAACUUGAUUUUUAAGUUGCUUGGUCAAACAACCAGAGGUGUUUGUAAGGUGUCAAAAGUGUAUUCAAAUGUAGCAUAUUGGAUACUUGUCAGUGAUGCCUGAUAUCUGUAAAUUAAUGACUAGCACUUUCAUAUUGUUCAGGUCUCUUAGCCUUCUGUAUCAGACUGCAAAUUUUUUAACUUGGUUGAAAACUAUUUAAGAAUUGGAACAUUGUUACCUGGAUGGUGACUUCUCCUAUAAUGAUUGGUGUUCAGAGGGCUUCAAUAAUGGUGUUUGGCAAUCAUUUGCUGCUUGUAAUAAUGAUAAUGUUUUAGGCUCCAAAAGAAAUUCACAUAGGGUUCAAUCUGGACAAAGAUAUUGUUUGUUACAAGCACUGUAAGUCAUUGGAGCAUGAUUUGAGGAGGUCUCAAGCAUUUGGUUGAUGUAUGGAUGAACCAUCAGUAUACACAACAUUAAAGAAAAAAAAAGCUUUAAAUCUGAUAACUUUUUGAUCAA